CAGUACCAUAUUUUCUUAUGCCAUUAGUUCUUUCUCUUCUUCUUCUGUGCGCAAUCACCUAGUGAUGGAGCUUCCCAAGAACCUUUUACCCGACGAAGCAAGCCCGGAGUGGUUGAACAAGGGAGACAAUGCAUGGCAGCUCACCGCAGCCACCCUUGUCGGCCUCCAAAGCAUCCCGGGCCUCGUGAUCCUCUACGGCAGCCUAGUGAAGAGGAAAUGGGCUGUGAACUCUGCGUUCAUGGCAUUCUACGCAUUUGCAGCAGUGCUUGUGUGCUGGGUUGGCUGGGCUUACCGCAUGUCAUUCGGGGACGAGCUAGUUCUUUUCUCGUUUGAGAACUCCAGUUUCUUGGGCAAACCAGGCGUAGCGUUGGACGAGAAGUAUCUUCUGGGGCAGGCGUUUUUGGGGAUGUUUCCGACGGCCACGAUGGUGUUCUUUCAAGGAGUGUUUGCGGGGAUUACUUUGAUUCUGGUUGCGGGUGCACUUUUGGGGAGGAUGAACUUUCGUGCAUGGAUGUUGUUUGUGCCAUUGUGGCUUACGCUUUCAUACACAGUGGCUGCGUUUAGCAUAUGGUGCCCAGAUGGAUGGCUGGCGAAGCUUGGGAUAAUAGACUUUUCUGGAGGAUAUGUUAUUCAUCUCUCUGCUGGUGUUGCUGGAUUCACUGCUGCUUGCUGGGUGGGUCCGAGAAGUGAGAUAGAUAGGAAAAGGUUUCCUCCAAACAAUAUUAUUCUGAUGCUUGCAGGCGCAGGCCUGCUUUGGAUGGGGUGGACAGGAUUCAAUGGUGGAGGUCCCUUCGUGGCCAGCAUAGAUGCAUCUCUGGCCGUCCUCAACACACACGUGUGCACUGCCACCAGCUUGCUGACGUGGCUUUUCCUAGACACGUUCAUCGUUGGCAAGCCCUCCGUGAUUGGUGCCGUUCAGGGUAUGAUCACCGGCUUGGUUUGCAUCACACCUGCGGCAGGAGUUGUGCAAGGUUGGGCAGCCAUUCUGAUGGGUUUGAUCUCAGGUAGUGUUCCAUGGUACACAAUGACAGUGCUCCAUAACAAGGUUAGGUUUUUAAGACAAGUUGAUGACCCCAUGGCCGUUUUCCACACCCAUGCCAUUGCCGGAAGCCUUGGUGGCAUUCUCACCGGCAUCUUCGCCGUGCCUAAACUCUGCCGCCUAUUUUACAUGGUGCCUAAUUGGGACAAGUACAUAGGGCUAGCAUAUGGCCUUCAAAAUGGUCGAACUUCUGCAGGUUUUCGACAGAUGGGGAUUCAGCUUGUGGGCAUUCUUUUUGUGGUUUGCUUGAAUAUUGUCAUCACUAGCUUGAUUUGCUUGUUCAUUAGGUUGAUAGUUCCACUAAGGUUGGAUAAUGAUGAGCUACAAAUUGGUGACGAUGCAGUACAUGGAGAGGAAGCUUUUGCCUUGUGCGCUGAAAGAGAUCAGAGAUUUGUGAACUCCUCGAAUAAUACAGUUUAUGAUGCACAAGAGUUCUCGUCCAUUUAUGUUACAAGGACUUUUGGUGAAGUUCAGAUGGUUUAG